UAAGCCUGAAGCUGUUUUUAGCAGACGAGAAAUUAGAGCGCAGUCGAAUUGCGAGUGUGUUUGUACGAAGACUGGGCGUUGUGACUGCGAUUGAGCGGCACGGAAUGGAAUGGGACGGAACGGAGUGAGAUGCGCAGAAGCAUUAAGCCAGCAAAAGCCAGAUCCGAAGCCUAAAACGGAGCAAAAGGGGUGUGAUGAAAGACGGCACACCGUGGCCCCUCGGUUGCAACGCAGGGUUCGCAAAAUUGGAGUCUGCUGCAUCCCAAGGGCGACGCGCAGUCACGGAUUUUGCAAAUGGGAUCAGGCGAAGUGCAAAGGCGGCACACAAAAAGGAAGAAUCCAGCAUGGACAACGGAAAUAUUUGGUGGCGUCUCAGGAAUGGAAGGGGGGGAGGCAGAGUUAUGGCCAGCUUCGCGAUUUCUGCUGAAGGACAAAAUCUAAUCGCCAUUCCUGCUGAUACCCAAACCUCAGAAACAGCUCAGAAAAAGGGGGUUGCGGCUAGUGGGCUGGUUUGGUUGAAGGUUUUUGGAGAUUCCCCAGGGUGGAAUUUAGAAGCUGCGGAGAUGGAUGAGAAGCAGAGAGGGGGCGUGCUUCGACGGGAUGGGACAAACAAUCUGGUGGUCAUGCCGAUUUUUGGAAACGGGAUGCAGGGUGAACUUAAUUAAUGGCCGCGUGUUGCGCCUCGUUUCCAUCCGCCGAUCUUAGCAGUGGACCAACCAACGCGUGCGUCCCUCUGUCUCGUUGACGACCAAACGUAGUGUCCCCAAGCGCCACAUUGCCCUCCUCUGCAACUGGAUAUCCAUCAAGAGGAUCUGGCAACUUGGACGGGAAUUGGAUCGGUGUCUGCUUGUUUAUCGCGUCCCCUCCGGACCCCCCCUACUUCCGCGGCACAGGAUUGCAGUCAACUUUGAGCAGUUUUCAUUCAAGGUGGGGCUGUGCGCGGUCGUCCGGAUUCGACUCAUUUCUGUUACGCUCCGAAAGGUGCAAAUCAACCACGGAUCAGGAGAAUUGUUCGAUUCCGUAGUCAAGCGUCUAAUGAACAUGGAGUGAUUGUGAUGCGAAGUGGGAACCAGCUCGAAAGUUAAUGAAUCGAGAAGUGCAGGAGGCUAGGCGCGUCUAGCUGCUGGAGAUCGGAACUCACUCGGCCUCCAAGGUUCUGUAAGGCAUACGCAUCCUUCCGAGUGAAGUGCAGCGUCUUUGAUCGACCCCAGAAGUUAGGGAAGGAACCUUGUGCAGCUGGUCCUCUUUUGGGCAUGUACGCCAUGGACAAGCUCCGGGCUGCAAUGAGCUAUCCUCACGAUCUUGGACGCACCACGGAUCUCACGAAAGAAGGUUUAGCUCUACAGGAAGGGAGUACUCAGCACUCUCUGCAACAAUUGUCUCAUGAUCCCAGCUUCGCCGAACGCGCAGCCAAGUACUCCACAUUCGGCGCCUCGAACUUUCCCCAAGCGCCCAUAUACUCAUCAGUAUUCGUCACUGGAGAAUUGCGCAGCGUGUUGGAGAAGGAGAGCAAGAUCUCUCGAAGCGCCAACAUUUCAACCGCACUUGGCGCCCUGAGCAACGGAGAUGCUCAGCCUCUACCCGAGGCAAACUUCAGGGACGCUGGUGAUGGUGGCGCCAAUGUUGCCCUGUCCUCGGAGGAAACGAAACUGAAAUUCCACCGAAAUCAGCUCAAUUCUGGAGUCGGAGGCAUUGAGGGAGCCAAAGCGUCCACCAACCAGUCAAACGAGGGAAUAAUCUUCCAAGAGAAUUCUGUCUGCUCACAGCAAGCUCCCACAUUAGCAACGGCUCACCGAAAGCGCAAAGGCAACUCAUCAGCGGAGGGGAAAGACAAGUCCUCAGAGGGUAGUAAGCUUAUGGAAGCAUCCACCGACAACUCCGCACCACUAAAACGACACAAGUCCGAUGGUGAGGAUGUGAGGGCCGUAAAGGCAGAGCAAGCUAGUGCAAGUGAGAAUUCUGGAGACUCGAUUAGCCCUCGGUCGACGUUGAAAGGCGCCACAUCCAAGCGUCCCCAAGACUUCCCCAAGCAAGACUACAUCCAUGUGCGCGCCCGGCGAGGCCAAGCCACUGACAGCCACAGCCUCGCCGAAAGGGUUCGCCGGGAAAAGAUAAGCGAGCGCAUGAAAUUUUUGCAGGAUCUUGUUCCUGGAUGCAGCAAGGUGACAGGGAAGGCCGUCAUGUUGGACGAGAUUAUCAACUACGUGCAAUCCCUCCAGCGCCAGGUCGAGUUUUUGUCCAUGAAGCUGGCUACUGUAAACGUUCCUCGCCUCGAUUACAGCUACGACCUCCUCAGCAAAGAAAUGCCGAUGCAGUCACGGUCUCCUGAGACUACUUUGUUAGGCCCCGACCCGCUUGCGGCACCAUUCGGAGAUCACUCGCAAUGCUCCCCAAUGCAGAGCAUUUCCACUCCCAGUUGCCAUUUUGAGGCUCUGUACUUGCGACGGUCAAUGAGUGUUCCAACAAUGAUGUCGAGGUUUGAUUCCGCUGGUCAUUUCAGUGAUCUUUUCUCCCAGGGUGGGAGUAGGUUAUGUGACGGGGAUUUACAAAGUGUGGUGAAGAUGGGAUUUACUCAAGGAAGACAUGGUGAACUGGAUUCGAGAUCGCAAUUCAGCAAUGGUUAAAUUUGUUCUCGGCAGGCAAAUUGAAGGUGGAGCUGUAGUUAAUUACUGAGGUUGGGAAUUCUGUUGUGACAUUCAUCAAGUGACAAGACGUGGUGAAUGCCAAUGAAUUAUGAACUCUAAAAUUUUCUUUCUGCACCGAUUGUAUAAUACUCUCGAAAGCCCCAAGAGGAAAUUUUUCUAACAUCGAUGACUACAUUUACCACGGGGACUACGUUGUUCUCGAAAGAAUGAGUUGCUGCGACGUUCCCUGCACGGCUCGGAGUGCGAGGAUCAAUACAGUGGAAAGAUGUCAAAACUACAUGGAAUCUCUAAGUUGUGGAGUAUAUCAUCGCCUGCUUAUUCAAUGUAGCGACGACACUAACCAGUAGAGGAAAAUUAACAUCAAUCGUAGGAACUAGCUAUUCUUUGACUCACUGCAUGUUAAAAGAUGAGUCAUUUAGACCUUUGUAGGAGCAGCAUAUAAUUUUUGGACCCUGAUUAUGCUGUUACCGCGCUUAUAUUUUACAUUCCACAUAAGUUGAGAGUGCCGCGCAGACUGCUCAGAUAAUAACGUGUGGCAGGCCCUCUUCUUAUACUAUUAUGCAUCCAUACUUCAUUCAAUAAGACUUCUUUCGAUGAGUUAGCUUCCUAGCA